CGCGACCCGGAAGCUUUCGCGCGUCCCCUCGCACGUGGUCUGAGGCCCAGCGGUAGCGGCGAAGCCUCCGCGCGUCCCUCUCCCGCGACUCUCCCCAAGCUCCUCUCUCUCCGCUCCCCUCUCUCGCCCCUCGCGCUUAACUCUCCACAAACGCCGCGAUGAGCGUCCCGGCCUUCAUAGACGUCACUGAGGAGGACCAGGCGGUGGAACUGCGCCAGUACCUGCGCGCGCGUGGAGCUGAGGUCUCAGAGGAGGCGAGCGAAGGGGGCCUCCAGCAGGAGCUGGCGACCAUCCUGUCGGCACUCCACGUCAUCUGGAAGGAUGAGGACAAGGACGUGGAGAGCGUGCUGAACUCUGUGAUCUCGCUGCUGCUGAUCCUUAACGUGGAGAAGCAGCAGGGCCUGGUUGAGAGUCUCUGUGAGCAGCUCGCCAAGGGCCGCGACGGCGAGCGGCCCCUGCUGCGCCUGCAGCUGCUGAGUAACCUGUUCCACGGCAUGGGGGAGGGUCCGGCGCGCUACGUCGUCUACUGCAGCCUCGUGCGCCUCGCCGGCUCCUGCAACUCCAUCCACCACAUCCCCACGGAGCUUGAGCAGGUGCGCAAGUGGUUCACUGAAUGGACUCUCACGAUCGACAAGAAGCAGCACAUCCUUCGUCUUCUCUACGACGCACUGGUGGACUGCAAACGCAGUGGGUACAGCGAGCGGGCGGCGCGGGUGAUGGUGGAGCUGCUCGGGAGCUACACGGAGGAGAACGCCUCGCAGGCUCGCGACGAUGCACACAGGUGUAUAGUGCGCGCCCUACGCGACCCCAACACAUUCCUGUUCGACCACCUGCUGGCGCUGAAACCGGUUCGAUUCCUCGAGGGGGAGCUCAUCCACGACCUGCUGACGAUCUUUGUGAGUGGGAAGCUGUCCGCCUACCUCAAGUUCUACGGGGCCAACAAAGAUUUUGUGGAGUCCCUGGGACUGUCACACGAACAGAACCUGGGCAAGAUGCGGCUGCUCACGUUCAUGGGCAUGGCCGUGGAGCAAACGGAGAUUGGCUUCUCCACCAUCACCCAGGAGCUCCAGAUCUCUCAAGACGACGUGGAGGCCUUCGUCAUCGACGCCGUGCGCACCAAGAUGGUUCAUUGCAAGAUCGACCAGACUCAGCGCAAAGUGGUCGUGAACCACAGCACGCACCGCACGUUCGGCCGGCAGCAAUGGCAGCAGCUGUUUGAUAGCCUCGGCUCGUGGAACCAGCACCUCACUCAAGUCCGCACGUCGCUCCUCAGCAUCGUCAGCGGCUGAGACGUCACAACCACCGCCACAACCGUCACCACCGCCUGCACCGGUGCCACUAUCCCUGCUCGCAAUAUCAACAACACCACCACCGCUACCACCAAUAGCUGCUAGAACCACUCGUUGCUACUGCUCCUACCGCCACCGCAACCACCACCGCCAACAUCACAACCACCACUGCCGCUAACAUCCACACCACCAUCACCGCCAAUGUUGCCGUCGCUACCAAUAACCACCACCAUCACCACCUUAGCCACGCGGCCUUAGCCACGCGGGCUCACACAACCAGAAGCGAGGGCAGGCACACAAACAACCGCACACAACUUGGCAACAGUAACGAUGAUGAACACCGUGUGAAAUAAAUGCCACCGAGCGGCAAUGCGGGGACGUGU